UGUCUUAUAUCAAAUCUUUGUAGCAAAUAUGGUUGCUUUCUCCACAAAUUCCACUAAACACUACAAUGUUCGAUCCAUUAGCUUGCCUGCUAGAUCACAUCCAACCACAGUUAAAGUUGAAGAGGCGCUUGACAAGCUUACAUCUUGGGAGAUGCACUCAUCUUCUUCAAAAGCAGAGAAAAUUCGGGCUGGUCUAUCAGGUCUUGGAGAGUUAUAUAGAAGUAUAGGUGAACUUUUUAGUUUACCACUGACUCAGCAAGCUCUAUCUCAACAUCAAAAUGAGAAAUGGGUCAAUGAAUUGUUAGAUGGUUUCUUGAGGUACUUAGACAUAUGUGGCAAUACAAGGGAAGCUAUUUUGUUAAUGAAAGAAAGUGUUCGUGAACUUCAGUCAGCUCUUCGGAGGAGCAAGUGUGGAGAGAUGAGUUUUGAAAGCAAUGUUACUGCUUAUAUCUGCUCUAGAAAGACAAUGAAAAAGGAAAUUGCCAAGUCUCUUGCUUCAUUAAAAUAUGGGAAGAACAUAAUGGCAGCCUCCCCAGAUCUUGAUAAUCUUAAUGAUCACCUCUACUUGGUGAUUAGAAUUCUUCGAAAAGUAAGUUUAAUCACAACCUCAAUCUUGAACUCACUCUUGUCAUUCCUCUCUGUGCCAAUGCUGAAGCCAAAGCCCACAAGAUGGUCACUGGUUUUGAAGCUAGUCCAUAAGAGAGUUGCAACAUAUGAAAGUCAAUGGGAAGUGAAUGAGUUAGAGAGUGUGGACAUUGCAAUAACCAAUCUAUUGGUGCAACAAUCAAGUAAAGAUGUUGAAGCAGAGAAGAUUGAAUCUGCCCAUGAGAGACUGCAGGCUUUGGAUGCUAGUAUUGAAGGUUUUGAGCAUGGAUUGGAAGGAUUGUUUAGGCGUUUGAUCCAUGCAAAAGUUACUCUUUUGAAUAUAUUUUCUCAAUAGAUUAGAGUUUUAUCAUAGUUUCAGUAAAUUUGUAAUAUGAAAUUGAGUUAUGGAUCCGAAUUUUAGAGGAUC